UCAGGAGAGAGGUUUCUGGUCUCCUCGUUUUCUGUUCCAAGGGCAGGACUUCAAAGAAGGAUCUGAGUUGCUUUCCCAGGAGAGCCAACUGUUGCCUGGGAAUAACUUCACAAACGAAUGCAACAUUCCUGGAAACUUCAUGUGCAGUAAUGGGCGCUGUAUCCCAGGGGCCUGGCAGUGCGAUGGGCUGCCCGACUGCUUCGAUGACAGCGAUGAGAAGGAAUGCCCGAAAGCCAAAUCCAAAUGUGGUGCCACGUUCUUCCCCUGCGCUAGCGGGAUCCACUGCAUCAUCGGCCGCUUCCGCUGCAACGGCUUUGAGGACUGUCCCGACGGCAGCGAUGAGGAAAACUGCACAGCAAAUCCCCUGCUUUGCUCUACUGCCCGAUUCCACUGUAAAAAUGGUCUUUGUAUUGAUAAAAGUUUUGUGUGCGACAGUCAAAAUAACUGUCAAGACAACAGUGAUGAAGAAAGCUGUGAAAGCGCUCAAGAGGCAGGCAGCGGCCAGGAUUACGUAACCUCAGAAAAUCAGCUGCUGUACUACCCCAGUAUUACCUACGCUAUCAUUGGCAGCUCUGUCAUUUUUGUCCUCGUGGUGGCCUUCCUUGCCUUAGUCCUGCAUCACCAACGGAAACGCAACAAUCUCAUGACCCUGCCAGUGCAUCGACUGCAGCACCCUGUCCUGCUGUCCCGGCUGGUGGUCCUUGAUCACCCACACCACUGCAGCGUCACCUACAACGUCAACAAUGGGAUCCAGUACAUGUCCAGCCAGGCCUACCACAGGCCAGUGGACCUGGACUCUCCACCAUCCUAUUCGGAGGCUGUGCUCGACCAAAGCAGACCACCUUGGUUCGACCUUCCUCCACCGCCUUACUGUCCUGAGUCUGAAUCCACAAACCAGCCAGAUCUUCCUCCUUACCGAUCUCGGACGGGAAGCCUGGUGAGCUCGGACACUCCUGUGGCAGGAAGCCCUCUGGGCACGGCCGUCAGCUGGACAAGAGACGUCCAUGACAGCGUGGAUGGCCACAGAACUCUUCUGGAGAGGACAGCAGAUCAGAGUGAUUCUCUGGUUGGCCACAUAGCUGAAAGAGAAGUGUAACUGCUCCAGUAUUUGGGCUGGGCAGGAAGGCAUUUACUUUGUCAAGUCUCUAGGGGUUAAUCUGCCGUGGCUAAUAGGUUUCGGGGGAACUUGUGCCUGAAUGAUGACUUGAUUUGAAUGCACACUAAGUUAAUAGCUGAAUUCAUCAUUUUGGGCUCAUCAAAGACAGAGCUGUGAGAGCUAUACCUAGAGUCACAUCAGCUUUCCACAUUAUUUCUGCAAGCAAGUUCCAGAUCAAACUAAUAAGAGAAACAUCAGUGCUGGGUCAAAGAACUGAUGUGAUGUAUUUCUUGGACUGUUUACUGUAUAUGAAUGUAUAUAUGUGCAUGUAUAAUAUAUACAGAUGUUGCACACAAAAACUUUGCCAGAAGGACUCUUGUUCUCAGACUGCCUCCUGUCCUGUGGACAUGUGAGCUGUUUCUCUUACUGCCCGUGCCAGCUGGUGGUCACUGAAGCACGGGAGCAGCAGUCUUUGUGCUUGGAGGUCUGGUGCCCAAUGCUGGCCCACGGGCAGUGCUCAGAUUGCAGAAAAUGACCUACUUGACCCUUCCCUACAUCGCCUAGAAUAUUCUCACUGUGAAUGUAAUUUUCAAAGUUUAAGCUUGUGAGGAUGCAACAACUCUCUAAAUGAGCAAACAGAGUUUUUUCCCCAGAUGUUAAUAUCUAGGCCAAAUAUACAUGGGUUUUCUCAGGAACACCACAAAAGUUGUCUUAUCUGUCAAACUUCAAGGCUGAGCACAGAGGCACUGAAGCUUCUCAACAACCAGCACAAGACUUCUUUUCAGGCAUGGCAAAACAACAUCACUCCAUGUGUUCCUUAAAAAAAAAAAACAAACCAACAAACCCCACAACCAAAAAUACCCCAUACUGUUUCAGCUAAAUCUUGAUCACCAAAACCAGCCCGAGGCAAACACCCAUCACGGAAAGUGUUAAUGUGAAUGACUAGUUUGUUAUAUUUGUAAAAUAGCUAAAAGCAGGUCAUGUAGUGAAAUGUGUUGGGCUUGCUGACCGUGUCUACAGGGUGUAUGCAUACAUGCAUGGAUACACAUGUUUAAUACUAUGUGUACAUAUGUAAGUAGGUUUUUUUGCAUAGAUUUAGUUCUGCUGCACCAGUAGAACUCAAAAAUACCAAAGUCUCACUUAAGAUAUUCUCAUGGGGGUUUUUAUGGAGUUUGCUAUUCAUUUGGUUAAAAUUGUAGCUUCUACAGAAAACCAGAAUUAUUUGUGCCUGUUUUGUCCUAACUCUUGGAGUGGUCUCCUGUGAAGUGUGUUGAAUCACCUGUGUGAAAGCAUCUUGGAGGUAAAGGUAUUCAGAGUGGCAAGAGGGGAGGUAAGCUGUGAAUUUAAAUGCCACUUCAGUGUCGUGUGCUCAGUAUACAGAAAACAGUGCAGUGCCAUCCUCUUGUCCAGAGGGAAAUUGGCCUUGAAAAAUUGUUUAUAUUUGUCUAUCAGACACAUAUCCCACUCCUCCUUCCACAUAAUGAACAUUGUCAUUAAACAGACUUUGCUGUUCAAUGGAAAUGAAGGAAGCUGACUGCCCACACCUUCUGCUUUCUUCCUCCCCAUCUUUCUAAGGUAAUUUCUUUCACCCGAAGGUUAUAUGCUCAGAACCCAAGAAUUUUUGAGCUUGAGUGUAGGUAGGGGAAUGACUCAAGUUCAGUCUCAUUUCCCACACAUACACCUGAAAAUUUUUUGUGUGGGUUGUUUGUUGUUUUGGUUUUUUUUUUUUUCAGCUCUAGUGUCUACUGCCAUGCAGGGGCCAGAUGAAUUUAGAAGCACAGGUCAUCCCAGGACUGAGCUGACACAGUGGGGAGCAUUGGAGAAUUCUAGUGCUGAUGGGCUUGGCUGCCUUUGGAAGCCGAUUAAUGGAAGGUUUUCAUCACAGGCUUAGGCAGCCUGUCUUGAAGGGCCUUGGUGAAGAUGCUCCUAGGUCUCUGUAAAGCAGUGCACAAGGUUGGGUCAGCUUUCAUGCUUGCUGGGAGAUCAAGCAGUGUAAUUAUGCUGUCCUUCACAAAGCAGGACUUGGCUACUUAAUGACUCCGGCUUGAUAGGCAAAUUGUUAUUGUCACAGAGCAGACAGUUAAUCUUUAUUUUACAGGUAGGUUAAACUCAGGUACAUAGCUGAGUUAAUAGUAAAGGUGGGUGCAGGGGUGUCUUCUGUGAGCAUCGGGCCCUGCUGUCCCUUUUGCCUUUUGUUAAAGUUCUGCUCAGCCUCUCAGAGCUACGUAAUGGUGUAUCACAAUUAGCCUUAAUGUUUUUCUGUUGCAGUCUUUAAAGCACUAUAUGAAAACAUAUACUAUUGAAGAGUUUGCAGUAGUUUCAUUAGAACUAGACAUCUUUUUAAUGUUAAGGUUGCCUAAGGCUGUAUUAGUGAAACUAAACCAUUGUGCCCAGUCUAACUUUCAUGGCACACACCCCUCACACAAGCCUUCCAUGGGGGACUGCGUUUCACCAUGUGUAUCCUCAGACACCAGGAUGUCUGCAAACCAAGUAUUGUUUGCCUAUGGCAUCGCAAAAACAUUGCCUUGCAUUGCUAAGAAGUUGGAAAAGAGUGGACAUAGCCUGCUGCUUCUGCCUUCUGUGUCAGUCACUGUCACAUAUGUACAUAUAUAUAUAUAUAUAUAUUUAAAAAAUAUACUCUUCUAGGUUGUAUAUAUUCAUGUAACUUUUGCAUUAAGAUAAUCCAUUUGGACUUUACAAAAAAAAAAAAAAAAAAAAGGAGAAGGCAUUCUAAAUGGUGUGACGUUUUCCCUUCCAGCUAAGGGUGUAUUUAUCUUUGUAUAGGAAUUGUUUAGUUUAUGAGAACACGAGUUACAAAAGGAGAUUGUGCCUUUCUGGUUGAAUGUUGAUUUGGGAGGCUGUUAACUCCAUUUCUGGGUGUUGUUACAUAUCAUUGUCUAGAGAUCCAAAAAGAGAAACAGUCUCGUCUUCCUCUUUGUUGUUCAUCAUGGGGACCACUGAACUUUGAGGGGUACGGAAGUUAGUAUCUUGUUCUGAAAACUUAAAGAGGGUUUUCAUCUUGCUCCAGUUUUCUGGUUUGUAGAACAGAUUUGCUAGCUGAUUUGUUUGGAAAUUGCUAUAGUAUCACACAGAAAUUGUUUAUAACGUGUCACUUCUAAUAGUGUUAAUACAGCAUUAUACUGCAUUAUUCAGUGGAGUCGUUGGGAAACCACGAUAGCAACAACCACACUGAUGAAAUUAAAUAUUUCACUAAAAAUCCUGCACCUUGUAAAGCUGGAGUUAAAUGUUCAUGAAAUACCAUGUGGAACAAUUUCUUUCCAGUAGCUGGUAAAAUUGGGAUUGAUCAUUCUAUUGUUUGCAGUUGCUCUUAACUUUUUAGUUUAAGGUUAGUCCUCCAGGAGCUUUCCUUUGUACUUAGUAUUUGAACAGGUGGAUGUUAUUUCAAAGUCCUGUUCUCACAAAAGUAAAACCAAUUAAAGCUUUCUUCCAGAGCCAAAUUCUGAUUCCGCAUCUGUAUUGAACGGUGACCACUGUAAUGAGUAGUUCUCCUCAGCACAGCUAUUAAUAUAUUUGAUUGCAACAAAGCAAUUUGAAAAAAUGACCACUUGAGGUAAAUGAAGGAAUGUGGAUUAGCCUCUUGGAAAUCAGAUUUGGGUGAUUUAAAAAUAAAUAAAUUUUAGGAGUUUUGAGUGUCUGUAACCUCUGCUGAAGUCAGAGUGCUGUGUAUUUAAAAUUAGGCCGUUAGUGAAUCUGCUUGAUAAUAAUCUGCAGUUCCUUGUAAGGCAAAUUACAACUUACCUCUGCUGUUGUGCUAAUGGAAGACUGGUGGUAAUGCUUCUAAAAGAGAGCCUGUGAAUAAUUUUCUUGGCUCUUGUCUACAGUGACAUACAUGACAACACUGACUGCACUGCGAUUUUUAAAUAACUCUGCAUUCAUUCUUCCUCUCCUUUUAAGUCAAAUACGUUUUAUUUACACCACUUCACUUUGAUACAGCUAAUAGGGCCCUUGUGAUAGAUUUAGAAGCUGGGUGGAGGAAAAAGAUGAUGACUCUUGUUUUAAUUAAUGCUGCAGCUUGUUAAUCUUGGGCGCUUUACUUUUUAGACAUCUUGGGAAAGACAAAUGGUUUUAGUAGAUAAGGAAAAACUAUUAACGAUGAAAAGGAUAGAGGGACACUGAUUCUGAAAUUUAGUUUUUAAUGAAUAUUUUAAAUUGUAUGAACAAAGGAAGAAUUUAAUUCUGUAUUUUUCACGUGGUGAUCAGACGGCAAGUACUGGUUUUUGGCUGUUGCUCAUCAGAAGCUUCUUUACAUAUAAAGCCUGGAACUAAAAUGAUAAGACAAGUGCUCUUCUUUGCGGUUCAGACUAGAUCUGAAAUUUUUUAUUAGCACAAGGCUAUAUUGUACCCAUGGACUAAAAUAUGGACUGCAGAAAGAAUUUCAAUACCAUGCUGAAUUCUGCCUGAAUGUACCUCAGUACUGUGGCCUUCAUUUGUCCUUUUCUUUUUUCCCCCCCUUAUUUGAGGGGUUUUGUCAACUUGAAAUGCAGAUGUAAUACAAGAGCUUUAGGGGAGGUUAUCUGUUGGAACCCAACCUUGUCUUAAACUUUUGUAAACUGGAAAUCUUCAAAAUUGUAUUCUGUUUUCCUGAAUAAAGUUGGUGGUUUAAUACUACUCACAA